AUGUCCUCUCCAUCUACAUACGACUGGGCUCAGGCUUUCUUAGAGCUGCCUGCACAAACUACUCCUGCCGCUGCCAGCCCGGAGAAAGACUAUCCUGCCGAAGACUGGCAUCUGCAGGAUCAGGGCCACCCAGACACCCAUUCGUCCGGUCCGAGCUAUUCCCUGCCGUCGUCCAGUCAGGCGUAUCAGGUACAGGAAGACGAGGUUGCACGAGACUUUCGCGCCCCCUUCGGCUACCAGCAAGAAUGGACAGACGGUGCCACAACAGGUGUCGACCCAUCACAAGUCCUUUGGGCGGGCCGCCCAUCGGCGCCGUCGUCAUCGUCUGCCGGGCCUCCCCUCGUUAAUCCGUCCGUGGCACCUUCCGCCCUCGUGCAGUCACCCCGGCCGCAAAUACUGGCACCCGCACCGGUUCACUCUCGGCUCGAUUUCUUUCUCCAGCCAGCAUCCUUCACUCCUGCGCCGCACGCCCCUAGCUUCCCUCGUCAUCUAUCCUCCUCGACCCCUGGCGAGCCACAGGAUGACCCAAGAGGAUAUCGCAAGAGAGCUCGUGACGACAAGGAGAACGAGACGAACUAUACAUCGAGGCUCGCGAAACGAGUCUGGUAUGGCGAAGAGCAACAAGACCAUGAUGUGCCUGCGGCGACUACCCCACAGCCAAUGAUGGCCUCUUCCAUGUCCUACAGAACCGCUCCCUCGUCCCCCGAAUCCAGCGUCGUCCAGCCACAGCGGCAGCCGCGCGAGUGGCCGUGCCCCAUGCUCUCUCUCAUCGACGAAGACCCCGGUCUAUGCCCCGACGACGGCACCAAGCCUGCGGAGCUCUGCUCGCGCGGCACCAAGCCCUUCACCCGCCCGUGCGACAGCAGGCGACACUUCGAGUCCGAGCACCUCGGCGUGCGCUACCGCAUGCUCCGCGGCCCGCACCGCGGCUGCGGCGAGUUCUCGCGCCGGGACGCGAUUCUGCGGCACGUCCGGGACUGUCGCAAGUUUCCUGGGGCGCUGCGGGUGCAGGGGUGGCUGGGGGUAUUCAUGCCGUGCUGGAGGGCGAGCGCGCUGCAUAGGGCGUGUGGGGUCGAGUAUAGGCGGAAGUUGGAGCGGGAUCUUGGGGGGAGCGGGGUGCUCGUGUACAAGUGCGAGUGUUGCCGGGUCUUGGGCGGCGAGGAGCUGGGGGGCGCCGGGGCCCGUGGUGCGCGCGAGAUAAUAGAGGGCGCCCCAGUGAAGAUCAAGGAGGAGGAAGCGGGUACGAAUGGGCUUCUAUGCCUCGCCGGAAGCCAAACCAAUAGCGAAGCAGCCUAUGAGAGCGAAGAGGACUCACCGUGCGCGAUGGCCACCACCGGCGGCGAGCCCCAGAUCACACAAGCGCAGACCUCCGACGGGGAUGACGGCAACAUACACCUCUUCAACGAUCCGUGGGUCGGGUUCUGGGUCGAGGACAACGAAGCCGGGGCAGACAGCGACACCAGCGUCAGCGAGCACAUCUCGGACAUCGGAGGCUGCGCAGUCGUUGCAUCCAAAGGUGUUCUCUCCCCGUCUGCACCUGCCCACGACGUAGCGAACGACUGGCAGAAUUUGGCCGACCUGGGGCCUGUCCAACUUGAAGACACGUCCACGAAUGCACUUGACAGCCUAUUCUCCGACGAAGGCGAAGGCGACGAUGCCGACGCUGACGGCAGCGACUCGGAGACGGAUGCAGGGCUGCAGGCCCUGCAUCCUUCUGUGCUACUGGUAGAAGCACAGUCGGUGGCACGCGAGGACUCUGCGGGUGUCCCGCUGAGGCUCGCGGCCGCGACGGCCGCUGCUGCUGCAGACGGCUCCUGCGGGCAGUCUGAGACAACGUCAAACGACUCGCCUGGGCCGUUGGUUCCCGCCGAGGGUGAUUCUGAUUGGGAGUUUUUCAACUUUUCGGCGGCUUGA